AUGAGUACUUCACCAACCCACGCGCCGAUGACUGUGCCUAUGGGGUUCGGCGCGCAGCUACGUGCACUUCAAGAUGCGCAGCGUGAGCAGACCGAGCGCAUAGAGGUCCUGGAGCGAGAGAACGCGGAACUGAAAGAGUAUAAAGACCAGGUGAAUGCCAUCCUGGAUCGCGUUCAGGAUCGCGUUCACACAUUGGAGCAGUACAGCGCGUACCUUGCUUCUCGACGCAGGGAAGUCGUCAGUCAACUCACCAACCUCCGCACACUCCAUCAGGAAGCCGACAACGCUUUCCAGGUGCGCACAGCGGACAUCCAGCCAGACGACCUCGAAGGUAUGCUGGGAAGUUAUGGUACCAUGAUCACAACCGCGAUGAACCAUCACCAGCGAGUCCUGGGACAGAUGCGUAUGAAUGGUCAGUUUCCACCGUACACAACGCCACUCCAGCACUCUCAGUACCCUCAGCGUAUGAUCUCGGCUGCACCAUACCACAACCAGUAUCCAUCUGCAUACUCCUCGUAUGGCUACUGCUAUGCUCACAACAUGCCUUAUUGUUGUGUUGUCUGUGGUCAGUAA